AUGGACGUCGCUCGUACGUCCAUGAUCCAUGCGGCUGCUCCCCAUUUUCUGUGGCCGUUCGCGGUUCAGUACGCUGCGCAUCAGCUCAACCUUCAGCCUCGUGUCUCCUUGACGGAGACCACACCUACUUUGCGGUGGACGGGGAAGGUUGGCGAUGCGUCUGUGUUUCGUGUCUGGGGAUCUCGAGCUUUUGUCCGAGAUUCUUCCGCGGACAAGCUGUCCUCCCGUUCUGUUCCCUCCAUCUUCCUUGGCUUCCCCCCUGACGCGCCUGGCUGGCAGUUUUACCACCCCACCUCGCGUCGUGUUCUGUCCUCUCACGACGUCACGUUUGACGAGUCGGUAUCCUACUACCAUCUCUUUCCCUACCGCACUGCCCCUCGCCCCCCCCCGCCGCUCUUCCUCGCACCAGGUCCUCCUCCGGUAGACCCCCUCCCCCCUCAGGUUCCUGCCCCUUCAGGUGUGUCCCAGGUAGACCCUGUCGAGCCUGUCGAGGUAGUUGUCGAGUCUGGUGCUGCUAGGGGUGCUGAGCCUGGGGGUGCUGAGUCUGGGGGUGCUGAGCCUGGGGGUGCGGAGCUUGUGGGUGCUGAGUCUGGGGGUGCUGAGCCUGGAGUUGCUGAGCCUGGGGGUGCUGAGCCUGUGCGUACUGAGCCUGGAGGUACUUUGUCCGCUGGCGGUCCUACUGGUGUCUUACCCCGGCGGGAGCCACUCUCUCCACCGCAGCUGCGCGAGUGGUUUGCUCGGCACUGGAGCCAUGGUGCUGGAGCUGGAGGUACUGCUGGUGCUGGAGCUGCUGGAGGUGCUGGAGUCGCUGGUCCUGGAGGUGCUCGUACUGGAGGUACUGGAGCUGCUGGAGCUGGUGGUGCUGCAGGAGUUGGAGCUGGAGACGCUGGCACUGUGACCGCUGGGGGUGCUGCUAGAGCUGGAGCUGCUGGUGGUGCUGGAGCUGGUGGUGCUGCAGGUGUUGGCUUUGGAGCUGUUACCGCUGGAGGUACUGCUGGAGCUGGAGCUGCUGGCAGUGCUGGAGAUGGUGGUGCUGAGGGAGUUGGAGCUGGAGACCCUGGCGCUGGGAGUACUGGUGCUGUCUCUGCUGGUUCUGGAGGCGCUGCGCGGCCGGGGCCGUACUUCGUUCCCCUCCUUCAGCAGGUUCUUGGUCUCCCGCCUCCUCAUGGUCCUACUCCUCCGUUACUGUGUCCACAGCCUGUCCAGUCGCAGUCGCAGUUACAGCCAGCCUCUCCACUGCGUGGUCCUUUUCCUUAUUCUGGGCCGACUGGAGGUCUUACGGAGCGUCGUGAGCCUGAGUCUCAUCCUGCGUCGCCUGAGUCUCGUCCUGCAUCGCCUGUUCGCGCUGGUCGCACUGGUAGUCGUGUUCCGCGUCCGCGUCCUACUGCUGUCCCAGGCACGCACAGGAUGGCGCUUCGUCCUUCCACUUCUCCGCUGCGUGUCCCUCUGCCGUCUCCUCCUGCGUCCUCCCAUGCUGACGGUCCUGACCCGGAGUCUGACUCCCUUCGUGCUGCUAGUCCUACUGUCACGUGUCUCCUGGCCACUGUUGUCACUGACCCGUCAUUUGAGUCCACUGCUUCGUCUUCCCUAGCUGCAGAGCUUGUUGACUUUGCUGCCGCCUGUCGUCUAGACUACUCUGCUAGCCUUGUUGCUGAGUCUGUCUGUCCUCCAUCCGUCGGGGGUGAGUGUGCUCUUGGCACGGACGUCCUUGAGGACAGGCAGGAGGAGUUUGAGUGCUUUGCCGCUGCUUUACCUCAUCUCUGGCAGACAGCCAUGGACGCAGAGAUGGCUUCCUGGAAGUCCACAGGCACCUACGUCGACGAGGUUCCCCCGCCUGGGGCGAACAUCGUCAGUGGCAUGUGGAUUUUCAGGGUGAAGCGGCCGCCGGGUUCUCCGCCUGUCUUCAAGGCGCAUUACGUUGCACGAGGCUUCAGUCAGCGAGAGGGAGUUGACUUCUUCCCGACCUUCUCCCUCACCCCGAAGAUGACCACUCUUCGGGUUCUGCGGCACGUUGCUGCUCAGCGUGACUACGAGCUGCACUCUCUUUACUUCAGCACUGCUUUCCUACAGGGCAGCCUACACGAGGAGAUCUGGUUGCGCCGCCCACCUGGCUUCACUGGGUCGUUUCCUGCAGGUACCCAGUGGAGCCUCCGGCGGCCAGUUUACGGUCUCCGCCAGGCGCCUCGCGAGUGGCACGACACACUGAGGACGACAUUUGCGGCUCUUGGGUUUGUUCCUUCUACUAAUGACCCGUCGCUGUUUCUACGCACCGACACUUCCCUGCCGCCGUUCUACAUCCUCGUGUACGUCGACGACUUGGUCUUUGCCACUGCUGACACUGUUGGACUGGCCCACGUGAAGUCGGAGCUGCAGAAGAGACACACGUGCACGGACGUGGGUGAACUGCGCAACUAUCUUGCCUUGCAGAUCACCCGGGACAGAGCACAGCGCACCAUUACCUUGACUCAGUCACACAUGGUGCAGCAGGUCCUUCAGCGCUUCCGCUUCGAGUACUCCUCGCCACAGUCCACUCCUCUGCCUACCGGUCACUCGCUCUCAGCUCUGCCUUCGGAUGAGUCCGUAGAGCCGAGUGGCCCGUAUCCAGAGCUUGUGGGCUGCCUCAUGUACCUGAUGACAUGUACUCGACCUGACCUCGCUUACCCUCUUAGCAUCCUGGCUCGCUAG